AUGCAAGGAGGCAGGGGCAACGGGGAUCCUUUCUCUGGUAAUGGUGACCCUUUUGGUGGUUUUGGUGGUUUUGGGGGUCAGAGAAGUUUGCUCUCUGGUUUUUUCGGGGGAAGGGAUCCAUUUGAUGAUCCGUUCUUCACACGCCCAUUUGGCGGUGUGUUCGAGUCGAAUUUCUUUGGUUCUGGUGGAAAUCCUUUUGCCAAUAUGCAUCCAUCUCCUUUUUCCAAUAUGCAUCCAUCUCCUUUUGCCAAUAUGCAUCCAUCUGGAUUUAUUGAGCAUCAAGCUCCAGAGCCGAAAAAAUCAAGGGGGCCAAUUAUUGAAGAGCUAGGUUCUGAUGACGAGGAAGGUGAAGGAGAUAAAGAGAAGAAAGAGAAUCCUAGAAAACAUGGUAGGUCCAGUAACGAGCCAUAUGUUGAGGACCCAGAUGAUGAAGCCGAAGCCAGAAAGAGCAAGCACUUGCAGUAUAGGAAUGAUUAUAGUAGGUUCAACCGCAUGGAGCCACAACCCCAAGGACGCAGCUUCACUUUUCAGAGUUCGACUUUCACAUAUGGUGGUGCAAAUGGAGCUUACUAUACUUCUUCCAAUACAAGAAGGGCAGGGAGUGAUGGAGUGACUUUUGAAGAAAGCAAAGAAGCUGAUAGUACUACUGGCCAAGCAACUCACAAGGUGUCUAGAGGACUUCAGAACAAGGGCCAUAGCCUUGCAAGGAAGCUUAAUUCAGAUGGUAAGGUCGAUACAAUGCAGACCUUGCACAAUCUUAAUGAAGAUGAGCUUACUGGUUUCGAAGAAGCUUGGAGGGGAAGUGCUGGAAAGCAUUUGCCUGGCUCGACUGGAAGUUUCACUGGCAUUGAUAACUUGGGGGCUAGCAGCAAUGCACAGAAUGCACAGGCAAGCAGAGGAGGUUGGGCACUUCCUUCAACAGAAGUAUCACAGCACUCUAGGAGAAUGGUACCAGACACCACAGUUGGGGCAGGAUCUUCACGCAUGCAGCAGGUGGGAAGGAGGAAAGGUUCAUCGGAUGUCAAAGAAAUGAAAGGUCAUCAUCGAUGGAGACCAAACAAUUAA